AUGUACCCCGCGGGCCCUCUGGCUGGCCCAGUCCCACGCCGCGGCCGCCGCCCCCCGCCCGGGCGUCCCGCGGAGCCACCUCGGUCCCCCGCGCCCGCCCCGGCCCCCGCCGCACGGCCGCCGCCCCCAGCCCCCGGGCCUCGGCAGCGCGUGGCGGUGAAGAUGGCCUUCCGCAAGGCCUACUCCAUCAAGGACAAGCUGCAGGCCAUCGAGCGCGUCAAGGGUGGCGAGCGGCAGGCCAGCGUGUGCCGCGACUUCGGCGUGCCCGGCGGCACGCUGCGCGGCUGGCUCAAGGAUGAGCCCAAGCUGCGUUGGUUCCUGGACCAGCUGGGCGGCGAGGUGGGCACGCAGCGCAAGAAGAUGCGGCUAGCCAACGAGGAGGAGAUCGACCGCGCCGUGUACUCGUGGUUCCUCACGCUGCGCCAGCACGGCGUGCCGUUGUCGGGGCCCAUCAUCCAGGCACAGGCCGAGGCCUUCGCGCGCCAGAUAUACGGGCCUGAGUGCACCUUCAAGGCCAGCCACGGCUGGUUCUGGCGCUGGCAGAAGCGCCACGGCAUCUCCAGCCAGCGCUUCUACGGCGAGGCUCGGCCCCCGGCCCCGGGCCCCGCGCCACGCCCGCCUGUCAAGGAGGAGCCCGCGCUACCCCCGGGCGCCGGCUCUCUGCCCGACCGUGCCGCGGCCGCGCCGCCCCCUGCUGAGGGCGGCUACGGCGACGAGCAGAUCUACAACGCCAACGUCACGGGCCUCUACUGGAAGCUGCUUCCGGAGCAGGCCGCGGCCCUGGGCGCAGGGGACCCCGGGGCGGGGGGCUGCGGCCGGCGCUGGCGGGGAGACCGGGUGACUGUGCUACUGGCUGCCAACCUGACGGGCAGCCACAAGCUGAAGCCGCUGGUCAUCGGGCAGCUGCCGGACCCGCCCAGCCUGCGCCACCACAACCAGGACAAGUUCCCGGCUUCCUACCGCUACAGCCCUGACGCCUGGCUCAGCCGCCCUCUGCUGCGGGGCUGGUUCUUCGAGGAAUUUGUUCCCGGCGUCAAGCGGUACCUGCGCCGAAGCUGCCUGCAGCAGAAGGCCGUGCUGCUGGUCGCCCACCCGCCCUGCCCAAGCCCUGCCACUAGGAUGCCCGCCCUGGAGGAGAGCGAGGAGACCCCCUUGCGGUGCCGGCCUGAGUCCCUUGGGCCCCCGGAGGAGCUGCAGACACCUGACGGCGCUGUGCGCGUGCUGUUCCUAUCCAAAGGCAGCAGCCGGGCGCACAUACCCGCACCGCUGGAGCAGGGCGUGGUGGCUGCCUUCAAGCAGCUGUACAAGCGGGAACUGCUGCGUCUGGCUGUUUCCUGUGCCAGCGGCUCCCCACUGGACUUCAUGCGCAGCUUCAUGCUCAAGGACAUGCUCUACCUGGCCGGCCUCUCCUGGGACCUGGUGCAGGCAGGCAGCAUCGAGCGCUGCUGGUUGCUGGGCUUGCGGGCUGCUUUUGAGUCCCGGCCUGCUGAGGAGGGUGCUGGGCAGCCAGCCUGCCAGGCCGAGGAGGCUGCUGAGCACAGCAGGGUGCUCAGCGACCUCACUCAUCUGGCAGCUCUGGCCUACAAGUGCCUGGCACCUGAGGAGGUUGCAGAGUGGCUGCACCUGGACGACGAUGGUCUGCCUGAGGGCUGCAGAGAGGAAGUGGGCCCUGCCCUGCCCCCUGUGCUGGCCCUUGCAGCCCCCCCACCCCCAACCAGCCUGCCUUCUGGCAUGGGGGGUGCAGAGGAGGAGGAAGAGGCCACUGCAUACGGAGGAGCCUCAGUGCCCACUGCUGGGGAGGCUGUCCGGGGGCUGGAGACAGCUCUGCGGUGGCUGGAGAGUCAGGACCCCAGGGAGGUGGGGCCACUGAGGCUGGUGCAGCUACGCUCACUCAUCAGCAUGGCCCGGAGGCUCGGGGGCAUUGGGCACACCUCAGCAAUCCCAGACGACGGUGUGUGACCAAGCUGGCCCAGUGGCCUUUGUCCUGCUGCACUUGGAGGGAGGGGACAUGCACAGUCUCCCAUCUCCCCUUCUUUCCUCCCCAUGGGGUGGGGCACCCCAUGGGUACAGGGGGUUACAGGGGUCCACACCCAGCCUGGCUUGGAGGGCCUCUGUUGUGAAAGAUCGGUUGUCCUGCCCCACUGGUGCCCCAGUUUGCUGGAGGGAUAGCUGGAAGAGAAGCCCCUAGCUCACACGCCUCCCUGGGCAAGCGCACAUGUGGGGUCCCCUCCGCAUACCAGGCACUCGAGGCACAGAACCUAUCAGCAGUUGGCUGUGUCCUGCUCUGGCCCCUGUGGGGCUGGGCCUCCCUUCCCCACCACCUGUCACAUGCACUGGACAAGGACCUGACACCCCUGUUUGUUUCGAGCCCUGGUGCUACCUGGUUCCUCCACUACAGCUGUGGGAUCAUCUCAGUGGGGAAGCACACCACUUGGUUUUAUUUUUUUUAACACAUUAAAUCCAUUUUUAUAGAUACUCUUUAGAGGGGGCUAUGAGAACAGGGGCAGAGUGGAGUGAUUUUGG